AUUGAUAUUUAUAAUCAGCUGUUUUCGUGGAUGGUUUGUUUACACUCGUCACUCUUUCCCGCGCGCCAACACGACCAUCACACAGCAACUCUUCUCAUUAAAAUGGAGCACACUCCCAAGAGAAAUGCCAACUGGUCGAGAGACGAGGAGUUAUUGCUACUGCAACUCGUGGGCGAGAGGAAAGAAGUGAUAAAGGGCAAGUUUGGCCCAAAUCUCACAGUAAAACACAAGAGACAAGCAUGGAUGGAGGUCACCGAGAAGCUGAAUAGUGCGUUCCCUUGUGUUCGACGAUCAAGAGAGCAAGUGGAAAAGAAGUGGCAAAAUCUCCUAUCAAAGGGGAAGAGUGCACUUUCAGCAAGAAAGCAGCAGCACCAUAGAACUGGUGGUGGUUCUUUACAGAAGACUACUGCUGGAGAUGACACCUUGACAGACCUGAUUGCUGACAUUGUGGGACCCGACAAUGUCUGUAUUACAGGGGUUACACUGGAUGGUCCUGCUGAUGCAAGUUUGAUUGGACUAGCUGACACUAACAGAUUGGAUUAUGAGGUGACGAUGGAGUUGACAGAUGAUCCAGUCGUGAACUCCGCUCCUCAAGCUCUGCCACCACCUCCUCAGUGUAAUGUAGGCUCAGCUAGUGUAGCUCUUCCUAUCGAAUUGUCCACAUUGGCAAGCAGAGGGCCUCCUCCUCAACCUCCUUCUCAACCACCCAUGAACCCUGUAUUUGAAGCAGGACUUCACAGUGAGCAGCAUGCAGAGGCAGUGAGGAAAGUGCUGCAUCAAAUGGAAGAAGCUUACAGGGCUCAAACAAUUGCUUGGCAGAACAUUGCCAAAUACUUUUCUAAAGAUUAAGCAAGUGUGGUUGAGAAAAUAAAAGGCUGCAAUAGUAUUAUGCUUUUAAUUAUCCAGAUUUCCCCAUCCCUUUCUCAUAUCCAUCCACUUCCAUGUGAAACAGCUGGUGAAUGUGUGCU